AUGGCUUCGCAGCUGGCUACAGUCUCCGCAUUUGUGGAAGGAGCUCCGCCAGGAGAGCUUGCAGAUGUCAUAGCUGACAUCAAAGCUCUUACAAUCGAAAGCCCCAACCUCGUUUCGCAACUUGGGCCCGCGUUCGAGAAAUACAACGAGGAGCAGUUUGCGACAGUGAAGCUGCCUGGAAGCAGCCAACAUGUCAUAGUCAGCUCGCACAACUCUCUGGGAGACGGAAGCUAUUAUGAUGUGGAAAGCUCGUCGAGUUUUGUUUUUGAUCACCGUACACAGAAAGCAAGCGCAGUCCAGAGCUAUGUUCUAGAGAGCAGCCAUAUAGACCUAGUGAAGUCCCUUUUGAAGAGCGUUGGAGCCCACGUCAAAGAAUAUUAUCCUAGUGCAUCAUGUGGAAUUUAUCCUAUUGAGGAUGAUUCAAAGAUUGCCAUACUUGUAGUGGCCAACAAGUACAGCCCAAAUAACUUCUGGAAUGGUCGCUGGCGUUCACUCUACAUCUUCGACCCGUCCUCAUCUUCUCUCAAAGGAAGUAUAAAAGUCGAUGUUCAUUACUACGAAGAUGGCAAUGUCCGGCUCUUAACUACGAAGCCAGUUUCGCUAUCGGUAUCGUCAGCGUCUGCCAGCGCAAUCGUUCGGGGAAUUGCUACUGCGGAAAAGAAGUAUCAGGAAGAGCUUAACAAAGGGUUCAAUAACCUAAGUGAAGGGGCGUUUAAGGGUUUGAGGAGACAACUGCCGAUCACGAGACAAAAGAUCGAGUGGGACAAGAUUGCGGGGUACCGGCUUGGUCAGGACAUAGGCGGUGGGAGCUCCAAACGAUAG